AUGAAAGACUCAACGGCUACUUCAAGUUCUAACGUCAAACUCCAACAAUAUAUAACCCUUGCACUAGACGAUCCAUUACCUUGCCUGAGAUCAAUACACGGAGGAGACCCAUACGCUACUACUUGGGUUAAGAAGUUUCGUGUUUUGACAUUGGGAAUUGAUAACUCUUGGAAGGUGAUUGAAAACAAUGUUAUUCCUCAUGCUCCUUUCGGACACGCGCUGUGUAUGAGUGGUGUUUUGUAUUAUCAAGCUUAUACUGGCAAAAAGAUGAAGGAUUUGGCAAUCAUGAGUUUUGAUGUUAGGUCAGAAAAACUUUAUCCUAUCAAAGGACCUAGUACUUUGCUGUGUCAUACGUCUUCAAAUUUGUUAAGCUACGAGGGAAAGCUAGCUGUUGUCUUCUAUGAAAAGAAUGUCGUUAGAUUGUGUGUUCUAGAAGAUUCUGCUAAGGAGGAAUGGUUGACGAAGACUUUUGGUUUGUCUAUAGAAGUCUCACCUAUUAACUGGCUUAAGAAUCGUGACAAGCGUCUAGCCACUGAGACUGACACGGGUGAGAUCAUACUUGCACCACGUAUUAUGCAUGAAUCAAGAGCUGACCUUGUCUAUUAUGAUAUGAAGACAAGGAGUGAGAAAACAGUUUAUAUACGAGGAAACGGCACACGAGGAAACACAGGGAGUCUUAAGCUUUAUCAUGUAGCGUUUCGUGUUCAGUCUGUCUCCUCUAAUCUGGUAGAGAAUCUCAUGUUUUUGUAA